AUGUUUACCACUUUGUUCUUGACCAGCCUAGCUCUGUCGGUAGCGGCAUCCCCUUUGCCCGCCCCUGUCCCUCUUCCUGAGCCUCACCUAAAUCAGCUCGUCGCUCGUCAAGACAUUCAGUCUCCCAUCAAUGCUUCGUUGCCUAAUGUGACUAUCUUCGCUACGGGCGGAACUAUUGCCAGUCAAGGGACAUCCAAUACUCAAACCGUCGGAUACAGUGUAGGCCUAGGUGUUCAACAGCUAGUUGACGCCGUGCCAGAGAUUCUCAAUAUCUCUAAUAUUCGAGGAUAUCAAAUCGCCAAUGUCGGGAGUCCCUCUAUUAACCAGACUAUCCUAUUAAGAUUGGCCCAGACCAUCACCGAGGAGCUCGCCCGGGACGAUAUUGCGGGUGUCGUCGUCACUCAUGGUACCGAUACUCUCGAAGAGACGGCAUAUUUCCUCGACCUAGCCGUUAACACGACUAAACCGAUUAUCGUGGUAGGCGCCAUGAGACCAGCUACGGCAUUAAGCGCGGAUGGACCUUUAAACUUGUUACAAGCUGUUACCUUGGCCGCUUCUCCUAAUGCUGUGGGUCGAGGCGCCAUGAUCACAUUAAAUGACCGCAUCGGCAGUGCCUAUUACACGACCAAGAACUCGGCCAAUUCUCUAGAUACAUUCUACAGCACAGAAAUGGGCCAGCUAGGAUUCUUCAUCAAUCAAGUGCCAUAUUUCUACUAUGAGCCUGCCGUUCCGAUCGGCAAGGUCCAUUUUGACCUGACUGGAGCUGAAUCUCUACCGUUAAUUAAUAUACUCUACUCACACCAAGAUAUGGAUCCCCAGCUAUUUAACUCGAGCGUGGAGGACGGGGCUGAGGGAUUGGUCGUGGCAGGGUCUGGCGCUGGGAGCUUAUCCGGCGUGGCAUACAUCGCCGCCGAAGCGGUAUAUAAUGAAACUGGUAUUCCCAUCGUUUCAAGUCAUCGAUCUCCCGAUGGCUUUGUCCCAGCGAGCCCCGAUGAAUUCAUCAUCGCCAGUGGUUUCCUCAACCCGCAAAAGGCACGCAUUUUGUUGCAGUUGGCCCUCCAGGCCGGCUUCGACGUCGAUUCUAUCCGAGACCUUUUUGCGCUCGGAUACCCGCCCCCAUAA